GUAAAGCACUUCGGUCCGACCUGCCAGUGGAGAGAGACAGCAGGCCUUACAAGCUCAUGAAUUUAUAGACGAUGAAAGCAGGAUUAUCGAAACGCACUUUCAUUUUAUAGACAGUAUUAUAGUCUUUAUCACCAUGCUCAUAGAGAAUGUGGAAGCCUUGAAGUCUUGGCUGGCAAAACUCCUGGAACCAAUAUGUGAUGCUGACCCCUCUGCAUUAGCCAACUAUGUGGUGGCUCUUGUGAAGAAGGACAAACUGGAGAAAGAUCUGAAAGCACUGUGUGCUGAUCAGCUUGAUGUCUUCCUACAAAAAGAGACAACAGGAUUUGUCGAUAAACUUUUUGAAAGUCUGACGACCAAAAACUACCUGGGAAAUCCUGCAGCCAAGGAAGUACCGAAAGAAGAAGUCAAACCACCUGCAGUCAAAGCCGAUGGUGUGGAGGCUGAAACUCCAGAGGAAGAGAGAGAAAACAGGCGGAGAAGAAGUCCUCUGAGAAAUCGCCCGGACUUCAACGAUGCCAGGGGCCGCGAUGACAGGCGGCGAGAUGAGCGCAAGCGCCGUGACUUCGAUCGACACGGGAAAAGCGGAAGCGAAUCCCACCGCGAGCGGGAGCGUCACGAGCGUCGCAGGGGCAGCCCCCGAGGGCGGAGCUACAGCCGGAGCCUCAGCCGGAGCAGGAGUGGCAGCCGGGGAAAGAGCAGGGACAGGGAGCACAGAGGAGGCAGAGAAUUCAAGUCAAAGUUUGAGUUGGAAAGGAAGGAUACAGACUGCUACAACUCCUCCAACACAUCUGGCUCCCAGCAGCAGCAGCAGCAGCAGCAGCAGCAGCAGCACCCGUCGCCUCUCCUGCCCCUGCCCACGCCUCCGCACCCGUUUUCUUCCUCGUCGUCCGCCGGAGCCUCAGGAGCGGGAGGUGUUCCCGUAGUAACACCGGCUCACCUGCCCGACAGCACUACAGACAGCUGGUCUGGCUACUACGGCAACCAGAGGCAGGAUGGUGUCAGCAAGCCAUUCAGCAACAAGAGCGUUUCGCUCAAACAGCGCUGCAGGGAUUACGAUGAAAAGGGAUUUUGUGUGCGUGGUGACCUUUGUCCAUUCGACCACGGAAACGACCCUCUCAUCGUCGAUGAUGUCAAUCUACCGAACAUGAUCCCGUUCCCUCCCCCACCCGUCAUGCCCCCUGCUGGCAUGCCCAUGCCCCCGAUCACUGAGCCACCACCUCCCCUCAGGAUGCCUGCGAUGCCACCGUUUGGCCAGCCUCCACCACCAGGUGUAUUCCCUAUGAGUGGACCCCAAAUGAUACCAACCAGUGGGAUUGAUACCCCCAACCACCAAACGGCAAUCACUGCUUCUCCUCCUAUCGGACCACCUGGGGUGGGGAUGCCGCCUACUCAUCCUCGUCCUCCUCCACCUCCCCCCUCCUCGUCCUCAUCGGUGUCUCUUCGUCCCCAAUAUGUCCAGUCUGAAUAUAACUAUGAUCCAGAGGGCUAUAACCCAGAAUCGCCAGGCCUGACUGCAGCCGGUCGUAACCCGUACCGUCAGUUCAUUCCCCGGGUGCAGACCCAGCGCUCCAACCUUAUCGGCCUCACCUCCAAUGAAGGACAAGGAUCCAGAGCUGCCAACAUAGUGAUACAGACAGAGCCUGCCACUGCAGCCAGCACUCCUGGAAGUAACGUGGCCCGUUUCAACACGGAGCAGGACAGCAGGAAGAGAACCAUGGGACCCAGUACAGCCGAGGCACCGGCAGUUAAAAAACCCUGGAUGGAGAAGCCAAGCUUUAACAACCAACAUAAGAACACUUUCCCCAAGAGGUAUCAUUAUGUGAACACCAAGUUGGAGGUGCGCAAGAUCCCACGUGAGCUCAACAACAUCACCAAGCUCAACGAGCACUUCAGCAAGUUUGGAACCAUCGUCAAUAUCCAGGUGGUGUUCGGCGGUGACCCAGAGGCGGCGUUGAUCCAGUACACAAAGAAUGAAGAAGCCAGGCGGGCCAUAUCGAGCAUUGAGGCGGUCCUCAACAACCGCUUCAUCCGUGUGUACUGGCACCGCGAACCCGGCACCAACGCCACGGGGCUUCAGCAGCAGGAGCAGAGUUCAGGCAGCCAGUUGGCCGGAUCAGCACCCAGCCAGGCGCUGCAGCAUGGCAACAUGCAUAAGCAGGGGAUAAAGCAGCACAGUCCAGCCGCCUACGUGUUUAACAAGACUGUACCAAAGCAUCGCAUGCCAGCGACGCCUGGGAUCACAGCUACAACCAAGCCGGACAGCCUGAACCCAAACACAGACGCCGCCCCUGUGGCGCCUGCACUGACAAACACCCAGAAGAGCCCUUACACUUCCACAGCCCUCAAGUCAUCCUCAAAGAGCUUUGGGAAAACGGGAAAAGCACUAGAAGCACAGGAAGUCCUCAAGAAAAAACAGGAGGCAUUAAAACUCCAGCAGGACAUGAGAAAGAAGAAGCAAGAGAUGUUAAAGACACAGAUUGAGUGCCAGAAGGCCUUAAUCAACCGCCUGGAGAAGAACCGAGGGAUGAAGCCUGAGGAGCGAGCCAACAUCAUGAAGACGCUAAAGGAGCUGACAGAGAAGAUCGCACAGCUGCAGAAUGAAAUGAACCCUGCCUCCCAGGUAUCCAGUGCCAAACCAAACCACGGCCAGUCCAAGACAAAGACUGACGCCCAGAAGGAAUUGCUGGAUGUUGAGCUGGACUUUCACAAGAAGAAGAUCUCUGGAGAGGACACAACAGACCUCAAGAGAAAACUGGGACAGUUACAGGUGGAGGCGACUCGGUUGGGUCUGAUCCGGCCCCCAGCGGGUCGAGGCCGGGGCCGAGGGAAGAUGCCGAUGGAGCCCGGUUCGGUGCACCUGGGCCGCGGCAGGGGACGAAGCCGGGAGAUGAUGGGUCGAGGCGGGACCGUGAACCGUAUGUCGGUUGACCACAGACCCAGGGCCCUGUCUAUACUGGGGGUCACUCAGGAGGAGAAGGAAGAGCUAAUGCCACACUUUGUGAAAUUUGGUGAGGUCGAAGAUGUCCGUGACCAGGACGCAAACAGUGUUGUCAUGACGUUCAAGACGAGAAGCGAAGCAGAGAAUGCAGCUAACCAGGGAGCUAAGUUCAAAGGUCGUGUGCUGCAGAUUGCCUGGUACAAGCCUAAGACGCCUUCUGUUACAACAGAGCCGGAGGAGGAAGAGGCUAAAGACGAGGACAAUACGAAGGAAGCUAGCUCUUAUUUGCCUGGUGAUGAAGAAGAGGAGGAGGAGGAAGACGACGACGAAGACGACGAGUAUGAGAGCCGAUCUUGGAGACGAUGAGGGCGUUGUGAUUCGUCUCGGCCUGCUCUCCAGCAGAACCAGUCGUUUCUUUACCCCACGUGCAGAUAAAAUCAAUACAGUGGACUUUUUGUUUUCCUUUCCAGUAUUUUCAAACAAAAUAAUUUUAGACUCUAAUUAAAGUAAAACGCGUCUUUACUUUACUGUACAUCAAAAGAAGUUUAGAGGGCAGACAGUUUUUGUAUCCCUCGAACUGAACAAUUAUUUAAAACAUCUCACUUCUGCUGAGAAAGAUAAAUGUUAAGUUGUUCUUAUAGAUAGAAAAACAUAUGUAAGUUUCAGUGUGCAUACCAGAUGAUUAAUAUCAGUAAUGCACAACAUUUGUGUCUACUGUGAAUAGGUAUUUUUAUACAUACUGUAUUUAAGCUCUUUUCUCACCAGUUUUUUGAAAAAUCUUGUCCUCCGUUCAGGGACAGCCAUUCCUUCACCAAUAGAACGUUCUCUGUUGCUACCAGAGAGAUAUUUAUUUAUUUUUCCACUGCAUAAAUGCACUGUGCCGUACCUAUAUUGGCACAGUAUGGUAUGGUUUUUCCAUUUCACUUUGCUCUGCUUGUUUAGGUAUGGGUAAGCCCAAAAUGUUAAACAAUCCAAAUGUGUUUGACAGCGACUCACUGUGGUGGCAUGAAUACAUACUAGUCAGCGCAUGUUGUAUUCUAAGCAAACUGCUCAGCACCUAAAGCUGAUGAUACUUUAACCAUUUCAGAGCCAGUGCAGGUACAGAAAGAUUCCAGUGCAAUAGAAAAAUCCAAACUAUGUUUACAAAUUGCCGUGUUCAUGCACGUCAGAUACAGUCUUGUAGUAAAUCUGCAAAUUUUCCCCUCUUGCGUUUUUAUGCUCACCAAAUGUCCGGUGCCACUCUGUGUAAAUCUAAACUCCCACUCGGGGGUUCUACAUUUCCUAAGAGUGUGUAACAUUUUUCACUUGUUUUCUUCUGUCUCCUGGUCUUACAAAGGGCCGGGCAGGACAAGGAUCAGAUCACCCAUUUCAAAAAUGUGAGAUCCCUAGACAGGUGUUUGAAUGUAAAACUGAACAGUUGAUUUUAAUAUAUAUAUAUAUAUAUACAUAUAUAUAUAUAUAUAUAUUAGGCGUCAAUAUAUAUAUAUAUAAUUUCUUUGCCUUACACAAUCAGCAGAUGGCUGAAUUUUUACAAGAUAAGUGAUUUACUUUUGUAAAUUUUGUAAAUGCUUGAAAGAUAAAUUACUGUUUUUGUUUCCUUUUUCUUUGAGUUUCUUUUUUCUGUCAUUUUAAACAAAUGACAAGGUUCAGUCAGGUAGAAAAGGUCAAGCAAGAGUGCUUAGCGUCUCUGCUUAUUUGCAAGAAUUUUCCAUUUGCCAAUUUGUCAUCUUAGUAGGAAAUUUAUUUUUAAAGGAACAGUCAGAGCUGUGGAAAACACUCAUAAUAUAAUUUUUACAUCAGUGCAGCUUUGCCUGCAGCUGAACAUUGUCAGCCCGUGCUCUAAACCGACCUGUCCACCUUUCAUGAAUUUUUAUUUUUAUUUUGCCUUCUUUGCAAAUACUGUAUUUUAGAAUCCUUUGGGUGGGAGGAAUUCAAUUCAUUAAAGUUUAUAUUAAAAUGUGCUCAAUGCAAGAUUUUUUUUUUACAUUUUUAGAAAGUUUUUACUUUUGGUGCUUCCCUGAAACCAACAACUGUUUACAUCCAGCUUAAUAAAGUGUUCUUGGACUUGUGCUUAUCAUAACUCAACAAAUCAUAUCCAGUCACAGAACCAGUCAGAAUGAAGCACCAAAACAAAGAACAGUAACUUAUUAGUUACCUGUAGCAGUCUGACUACUUAACACAAACGUGCAGGUAGAGAUCUUCCUGUAUAUGGAAAUCUGCAUGUAAAUAUACAAGCAGAUUUCUGCCUGCGUGGGAAUAGUCAGUAACAUAAAUUACAACAUAAGCGGUCUGCAUUGUUCCCUAACGUUAACUAGCAUCACAAGGAAACCAUUUGAAACGCAUUACAUGAUUUCCUCCCACCUAAAAUGUCGGUAGCGCCCUUGUUUGGAUUUCAUAUCUCACUGUGGACUAAUAACUCAGAAGCCUCCUGCCAGUGACGUCAUUGUCCCAUUUCAACCAUUGAGUUCUUUGGUGUUCAAUUAGUUUCAGGUGUGCAACGGAAAGCUGAAGCUUCUCUCUUUGGCACUCAGUACUUUAAUAUGAUUUGCCCAUGUAUAUAUGAUAUUGCCCAUGUGUAUAGGUUUGUCUAUAUAGGGCAAACCUAUACAGGCAGGGUUCUUGCUUGUGUAAGCAAGAAAACAGUGAAAAGUCUCCCACUUUUUUUACUAUCUUCUGUAUGCUACUAUCACAAUGGUGUGUAAAAAAAAAAAAAAAAAAAAUGUAAAUGUUUAUUGGAUAAUAGUUUUGGAUUUGUUACUGUUUAUAUUUGCAGGAUGUGGAUGUAUUUUCUUCAUGUAUUUUUGUUUGUAAAAAAUGGAUUUCUAAUUUACUAGCAUGUUUGCUUUUGCCAAUAAAGAUGGAGGAAUGGGGUGCUUGAAAGACGAUCAAAAGAGAAGAAAGGGGGGCGGAAAAAAAGAGAAAAAAAAUAUACAAUUUGAAUUAGAUUUGGGAAAGAAAGAAAAAUAAUUUGAGAUAAAAGAAAAUUGACCAAAAAAAGAGGUCAAUAUUGGGGAGGGGGAAAAAAUGAAAGCAAAAGCAUUCCAGAAAAUAU